ACCGCGUUUAUACAAAAGUGGUGAAAGAUCCUAGUGUGAUGAAAGCGAUAAGCGCCAAAUAAAGUUGUGUAAAAGAAUAAAAAAAAAUUUAGAAAAUUUAAGGUCAAAAAAACAAAAAUUAAAAAUACUCAAAUCUGCACAUGUUACUAUAUAUCGUAACAGUAAAAAACAAUUAAAGAAUUACAUAUUAACGGUAUUUUAAGUGCGUUGACUUGAAGCGCUCGUUGAUUACAAAAUUUUGCCGCGUCGUGAGUACAAGAUGUUCGCAUUACUGCUACUGUUGAUUCCCCUGGUGUCAUCGGUGAAUUCGCAGAAUGACACCGAAUCACGUCUGGCGGCUUCCCUCAAGAGCAGCGACACCGCAGCCGGCGCCGAGAGUAAAUGCGGCGACACUCAACGCAUGGUCGACGAGUGCUUUAAGGAUCUGCCGCCACAUUUAAUGGAAUUUCUGCAGACCACAAAGAUUGCCAACAACGAACGCGAAAUCGCAUCCAAGUGCCUUGUUUUUAACAAGGGCAUGAGAUGCUUCGACGACUACACGGCUCACUGUUUAACCAACAAAACACUCAAUCUCUUCAAGAAUAAUGUGGAAGGAGCACGCAGAUUUUUCAAUCGCUUCUGCAGUGAUCGGGAAUUUCAAAAGGAUUAUUUACAGCACAAGGACUGCUUCGGCUAUAUACAGGACGACUGGAUGCGUUGCACGCGCAAUUUUCAGGAAAUACUCACCGAGGAGCUGCAUGGCGAGCAAACGAAUGUCACCAAUAAAUUUAUGGAAUUUUGCUGUGCACGCUACGCCUACGAAAAUUGCAUCUACAACAGCGCACGCUACAAAUGCUACAAGAAUUCGGCCAAAUUUGCACGUGACACAGCCAAAAUGCUCUCGGACGAAAAACACUUCACCAAUUGUCGCGAAUAUGAGAAUGUACUGUGCAGCGUGGGCCACCCGAGAUCCCUCUACGGCGGCGGCACCAACGCCCUAUUUGGCUGGACCCAGCUGCUGUUGGUCUGGCUACCUGCUGUGCUGCUGACAAGAGCGAGCGUCGGCCGACGACGAGCGUAAAUAAAUCAAUGACAAGCUGAUUUUUAGCCUUCAGUACACAUUCAUACAUAUAUGCGUGUACAUGUGUGUGCCUAGUCAUAUGUGUGUGUUGUGUAGUUGGGUGUGUGGCAAGAAUGUGUCGUGUGUGUAGAACAAUAAUUGGCCAUUGCUCGUGUGCAUUUACCGCGACCUCGCAGCAGCGGAGCGCUUAUUGACCAUCACAGCGUGUGUGUGUGUGCACGCAUGUAUGUAUGUGUGUACGUGUAGGGGUGUAUGUGCGCUGGCAAAGGCAUUUUAAAUGGGUCAGCGCAAGUACAUGGCAUCAAAGAGCUUAUAUGUAUGUACUCCGUAAUUGUCAAUUUAUUUAGCGAGUAAAGUGAAAAUGUUGUGCGAGGAUACACUCAAGUAGCUGUUGUUUCGAUGUGUCACUCUGUGUGUGUGUAGGCUAAACUAUUGUCCAUGUUGUCGUUCUAAGAAUAUUAAGCGCAACGAUAUCUCUCCAAAUAAAAACUAAUGUUGACUAUUAAACAAGGUUUGAAAGCGCUAUUAACUAAGAUCUCUGUUAAAUAAAUAUAUUUGUAAGAAUAACUGUAAUUUAGAUGUGAAUUAGAAUAAAAAAUAUAAGAAAUAACUAAAAA